GGGAGCUCCAAGACGGCCAGAGAUCGGUUGGGAAAGCCACCAAGCCAGGCCGAAAUGGUCACAGGAGGGUCGCAAUUCACCCCAAGAGGCAUUCGUUCGGGAGAGGCUCAAGACGGCCCAGGCGAGCCCCCAUAUUGCCCAAGUCGUCACUUUGCAAGGCCUCACCAGGGUGUCUCGCCAAACGGCUGCUGCGAUGAGUGACGCUUCUGCGGACCCGCCGCCAGGGUAUGCUUGGGUGGUGCUCGUCGUUCUCACGAUGCUGUCUGGCAUGUUCUCUGGCUUAAACCUCGGGUUGAUGUCGUUGACCGUGGAGGACCUGAACAUCGUUAUCAAUAGCGGCGAAGACCAGAACGAAGUUGCUUUCGCGAAACAGAUUCUGCCACUGCGCAAGCACGGUAACUUGCUUCUCUGUACCCUACUUAUCGGCAACACACUCGUGAACGUGAUGCUCGCAGUCAUCACCGACCCGAUCUGGGUUUUUCUUUUCGGAACUGGUACCGUCGGCAGCAUAUUUGCAUUAGCGUUGCCAUCUGCUCUUAUCGUAGUAUUCGGCGAGAUUGUACCCCAAUCUGUCUGCUCGCGGUACGCGCUCCUCGUUGGCGCCAGGACGUUGCCCAUUACUUAUAUCUUCGUCGCUAUCACUUUUGUGCUUGCGUAUCCCAUUUCAAAGAUCCUCGAUCGGUUGCUUGGCGAUGAGAUCGGUGGUGUAUACACGCGAAAAGGACUUCUGCAACUCGUCAAGCUGAGUGCGGAGGACCCCAGCCACGCCCACUCAAGCGGCCUUAAUCAAGAGGAUGCGAAGGUACUUACCGGCGCCCUUACCUUCCAGGACCGCACCGUCAGGCAGGUGAUGACGCCCAUCUCCCAAGUUUUUUCGCUGCCAAAGGAUGCGGUGCUCGACCGGGACACAUUCCUCGCCAUCCUCCAGAAGGGCCACACGCGCAUCCCAGUCUACGACGGCGAGCCGACUAACAUCUUCGCCAUCCUGAACGUCAAGUUCCUCCUCGGCAUUGGCUUCGAGCGGAAGAUGACGCUGGCAUCGGUGAUCCAGGACUUCCGCGCAGAGAAUCCCAGGGCGUUCCAGGCGCGGCGUGUAGUGGCGGAGACCAAGUGCGACGUCGCCCUCGGUGAAUGCAAGCGAGAACGCGUCCACAUCUUGGUCGUCACCGAGACGCGCUCGACGGCUGGGGACAGCGACUGCUCAGAUAACACCGGUACGGGCCCUGCCAUCGGAAUCAUGUCCAUUGAGGACGUCAUCGAGGAGAUUCUGCAGGAUGAGAUCGUGGACGCUACGGACGAGUACGUCGAUCAUACUCAAAAGCUCAACACAAGGCGUGUUGACGCCACAACCGUGCUGCAGAAGCUCCCGGGCAUGAGGUGAGCCUUUCCUCCUCCUCAGCCUCCUCCUCGUCCUCAUCAUUGUCCUCCUCCCUUGCGAAAGUAUUUACAAGCCGCUGGCUCGCUGGGCUGGCCGCAAUGCCCACGCGCGGUUACAGAACCGCAAAGCCCACGGGGCGGCGGAGGUGCCCUUCAUCGUCUGGUUGGCCUGCGGCGCCAUGCCGCCGCUGUGGGCGUAGCAGGCUUCGCGGGGCAUGCAGCCUAGGCAGCAGCUUGUCGUCAGGCCUCGUCUGCCUGGCUUUGCGCCGCCAUGCCAGGCAGGUUCGAGCACCCCGUUGCUCUCGCAGAGGGUGUGGACGGUAAGGCCCACCGUCUCGUAAUAGACGCUGACGAGCUGUCCACCGAGUGGUCGCUAUGGCGGCGGCCGCGGCGAUGGGGCCCAGGCACCCGCGGCGUGAGCGCAAGCUGCCGCGCACGGGGCCAGAGUUGCACUUCCUUUGCUUCCUCCUCCUCCCCUUCUUCUUUUUCCUUCUCGUUCUCCCCCGUCGUCGUCGAUGUCGUCGUAUCUGCCACGCUGCGUUACGUUUCACUGCUUCAGCAUGUCAUGGUAGCAUUCCAUCAUGCCGCCUCCGUCCCGCUCACCUGUCAAGUAGGGCGAUUCUUCCAUGGACAUGGGCACGGGCGACCCCCGCGUCGCAGCAUCGGCAUUUCAAAACGAGAA